UCUGAAGCUGAAGUUUUCGAACAUUUUUCUGUAUACGACAUAAUAACAAGAGUUAGAGACAUGGCAUCUGAAGCUGAAGCUUCUGAACUUUCCUGUUUGUUUGAAAGAAUGAUAAGAACUAAUGACAUGUCUUUGUUCUUUCCAUUCAUGCUUCGUCUUUAUGCUUUGUCAACUCGAAGAAACAGCGACGACCCAGAUCAAGAAUCAUCCAGUAACGAAGAUUCCAACCGUCAAAGAAUCAUCUUGGUGAGCCCUUCUACACAACGUAUUAUUCUAAUCAACGAUGUUUCAAGUCUUGAAGCUUUGUUUCAAGAACAUGGAAGCACUAGAGAGAAUGGUCAACAUCCAGCUUCAACAAAGUCAAUAGAAACAAUGAAAAAAGUUGAAAUUGUUGAAGGUGAAGAACAUAGAGAGUGUGUUGUUUGUUUGGAAGAAUUUGAGGUUGGUGAAGUUGUUAAAGAAAUGCCUUGUAAGCAUUGGUUUCAUGGGAAUUGUAUUGACAAGUGGUUAAGGAUUCAUGGAUCUUGUCCUGUUUGUAGGUAUCAGAUGCCUAUUCAUGAGGAACAAGAAAAAUAAGUUUGGUACUGAUUCAAAUGAUUCUUCAUCUAACCCUAGAAAUGAUCAUGACUUUGAGAAUUAUUCUUUAUUUUUAUUUAUUUGGUUAGAAUAUUGGUUUUCAAUUUAUUGAAGAAUAUUUAUAGCCCCAAAUGAACAAAUUUGUACUUACAUGUGAGAAUAAUAAAUGAUCUUUUGUUUA